CAGUACUUACUUUUUAGUUUUUGCUGCUGUAGCCGCUUAUACAGUGUAGCGGUUUGCAAAUAUAAACUGAUAAACAAAACUCUUCCUCUGCUAGUCUGUUUUACGUAAGUUCGUAUUAAUUUUAACUUUUGCACCGACUGGAAGCGGUGAGCUGAAAAAGAAUCCCACUUAAGACGGCGGUGAGCCAAAUGAGAGAAGUAACACCGUAAUCUGUCGCAGACUAUCGGUUGGAGUUGAAAAAAGUGAUCCUCAUUCCUCACUCAUUGUCAGCAGCACCAUGUGCGACCGCGUAACUCAAGUGCAGGACCAGAUCAAUCAGGUCGCGGAGCACAUGUGCAAUGCCGUAGGAAUGCUGCAGCAGACCGCACUACCUUCUGUGCUGCCUGGGCGUUUGGAACUGCUUUCCACGCCUGCCAAGGGUGAAGCGUCAAACUUCAGCGCAAAAGAUCUGCCGUUUCUCUUUGCCAGUUUAAUAACAAAGUCUAUCAAAGAGAUGGAUUUACUUAUAAAUUUGCUGCCUUCUGAACCUGGCGCGAAGGAAAACAUGGAUGAUGUCAUAAAGCGCCUAGACCGGGAAAACCGGGAAUCGGUUACCAUACUUCAGCAGUCUAUCGGCCUCAGCGAAUUAUUCCUGGCGCAAAUUCAGAAAGCCAUAAACGAUAUUGCGGAAUGCGAGAUGGAAAUAGAUCGUCGAAAAGUUUAAUUUCUGUCUAACUGUUUCCGCUCUUUUCCAGUUUUGUCUUUCAAAUGGCUGUGAAUGGUAGCUCUUUACUUGAUUGUUUUCAAGGCGAGUUACUAGCUUUUACCAGUUGCCAUUGGGCACUGGUAAUAUCGUUUUAUCCCGAAACAAAACAGACACCACUG